GACCGAACCAUGUCGUCGCUCAUCUCUAGCUCAACUCAACUAAUAAUGGCUCAACUUGGGGUAAAAAAGAAUCUUAUAAAAGGGACCAACAUUUCCUACAUCCUUUUUGGCUUUCUAUAUCAAUCAUUUUUCUUUACUCUAUUAUUUUAAACAAAAAUGCCUCUCUCAAAAUCUGACGCUAAGAAGGACCAAACCAUGGGUAACGUCAAGGACACUAUAGGUGGUGCUGUUGGUAAUGAAUCCAUGCAAACAAGGGGCAAGGCUCAAAACACCGCAGGUCAUGCUCAAGACAAUGCUGCCGAUGCUAAAGGCUAUGCUAAAGGAACCGCUGAUCAAAUUAGUGGCGCUGUCAAAGGUGCUUUUAAUUCUCUUACUGGCAACACUGGUGAUGAAACUGCCAACAAAGCUCAAAAGAAGAAGGGCGAAGCUCAAAAGUCAAUGCACUCUUAAGCGUGCAGAGGCAACAAUAAUAUGUUAUACUUUACCCUUUGCUAUAGUUCCAUAUGCAUUGGAGCUGCUCUGUCAAAAACGAAAAUCAGUUAUCGACUUGAUUUAAAAAUAGCUUACUUACUUUCUUUCAUUUUGAUCCAUUCCCAUUCAUUUUUUUAUUUUUUUU